AUGUCUUCUGCUGCUGGUGGUGAGGCAACUUCUGCCAAUGCUGCUACUACUGUUACUACAUCCGCUACAACGAACUUAGUUGCUGCUUCAACCACACCCACUACAACUGAUUUGCCGGAUAUCAUUGCACCAUUUCCAAAGAAAUUUUUAUAUGCUUAUGCUGGUCAUUUAUUAAACAACGGCAACAAUAAUAACUUUAUUUCUACCCAGCAGCAGAAAUUGCAAUUACAGCAAAUUCAACAAAAAAUGACUUCCCAUACUACCACCACUACAGCUCCAACCACAGACGUUACUAAUGAUAGUCCUUGGGGUCUUUCUGCUGUGCAGGAGGAUAGUGAAGAUGAUAACCUCAACAACAACAUUAAUAAUAAUGGUGACACCUUGGAAUCAAUGUCUGAUGAGGCUCUUGCAUGUGCAGAAUUGAUGGAAAUCAUGGGCAAUUCUAGUCGUGGAUCCAGUAGACCUGUUUCUUUUAAUAGUUACGAUGAAUUGAAAGCAAUUGAAAUUGAAAAGAUGCGUCAAAGACCGUUUACAAUUUCUACAUCCACUUUAAAUGCUUCUUCUUCCUCCACAUCUGGAUCAACAACAACGUCACCCACAACGAUUCGUCCAAGUCUUGCCGAAAUUAUUAAAAACGAGAUUCACAAAGCGGUAGAAGAAAAAUUGUAUAUUUAUUCACAGGAUAGGUUAAAUAAGGCAGAUUAUGCACUUUCCUCAGGUGGUGCAAAGAUCAUUAGUCCGUUAACAUCUCCAACGUAUGAAAUGUGGCCUACGCAAUGGCAUCAACGAAUUAUGGCAGCAAUAACUGGUCAUGGAAUCACGAGAGGCAAGCCACCAAUAACGGCUCUUCAACCUGAGACUCAUGUUGGCCAGUGUUGGCCUUUUGCUGGACCGAAAGGUCAAUUAGCGGUAUUGUUGAGUAGAAGAAUCUAUGUUACAGCUAUAACUUAUGAUCAUGUGAGUAAAGAUAUAGCAAUGGGUGUCACAAGUGCACCAAAAGAAUUUGAAGUAUGGGGAUUUGUUGAUGAUGUUCCAGAAGUGAUUAUCGAUAAUUCAUAUCCAAAACAAGGACAUGAACCAUUAUUAUUGAAACAAACAGAUGAUGUCAUUCAAGAAGAAAAACAAGAAAGUAUUUUUGGCGAUCAUUCCGCCAUUCCAAGUGAUCUAAACGAUACAAAUGACACAAGCAAUCCAAAUGACGCAGCAAAUAAUCCAAGUGAAUCAAGUUCAGAUGAAAAAAAUGGCGACGAAAGAGAUUUAAAGCUUGGCUCGUCACCAAAUCAUUUAUUUUUGGGGAAAUUUACUUAUGAUAUAAACGGAUCCACCAUACAAACCUUUGAAGCGCUUAGAUACAGUAAACCGAUAAUAGCUGUUUUAAUGAAGAUUUUAGAAAAAGUUUUAUUUUUAUUUUGUAAGGACAAUUAA